CUCCUCUCCUCUGCAGGUGCACAGUGUCUGGACCUCGGCAGCCGGGUCGUGUGCCAGUGUCGCUCGGGCUUCACCGGGACUCUCUGCGAGACCAACAUCGACGACUGUGCCGGCAACCCCUGCCGCAACGCCGGCACGUGCCUGGAUGGCAUCAAUGACUUCAGCUGCUCGUGCACCCUGGGCUUCUCUGGAAAGGACUGCUCGGUGCGCAGCAGUCCCUGCGACUACUUCCCCUGCAGCAACGGGGGAAUGUGUUACACCCACUUCUCCGGCCCCGUGUGCCAGUGUCCACCGGGCUUCAUGGGCGCUCGCUGUGAGUACUCCCUCAGCAUUCCCUCUCCAAGAUCUCCGGCGCUGAUUGCCGCCAUCGCACUCGGCCUGGUCACUCUGUCGCUCCUGGUGUGCGCCUCCAUCCACAUCCUGCGUCAGCUGCGCCGGGGCAGGAAGCUGGCAGCCAUGUCCAGGUCCGUCAAGAAUGACCUGGAGACGGUGAACAACCGCAGCGCUGUGAUCGGCGGAGGCGUCCCCAACAACGGGAGCCUGGUGGGGGCGCCGGUGUGCAGCCUGAAGGAGAAGGAGGCCUUUCUUCUUCCUGGAGGUCCACAUAAAGUGUCCAACAAGGACGCAGCGCUGGCGGAGAAGAGCAGCGACAAGGGGUCCAUGAUCAAAAACAAAAUGGCCGACUGUAACCUGGCCAAAGAGGAGCAGCGCCUGGAGAAGAACAAGUUUGACCCUCAGAAACAUGACUCCUCCAUCGUCGUCCCUCCUCUCAGUUUUGUGAAGGACAGUCUGUAUCAGCCGGUGUUCAUCGUCCCGGAGCCCAUGGAGCAGCGUGUGUUCGCCACAGAGGUAUAGCCCUGAGUUUUCAGACCACCAGCGGAGGAGCCUGAAACGUUUCUGUCCUGGACAGAACAGCCAGAGGAUCUAUUCUACACACACAUUUUAUUUAAUAUUUAUUGCUGCUGCUCAAUGGAAACAAGCAAACACCACAAGGACUCAUUCUGCUUCAAUAGUGACAAUGUUGGGAUGAAAGACACACACCAUUUAUCUUUGUAUACUUUUAAAUCCCCAUCCAACUUUCUUUGCUUUUCAUAUAUGAACAAGAAUAUGAAUUGUCCUUCAAUCAGAAAAUGCUGUUUGACAAGAACGAUCAAAAAUCCUCUGCCUGAUUUUGCAGGAACUGAAACUUUCCUUGAACCAUCUGGACUUUGUGUCUAAAAGCUGCAGAUAUUUUAAUGACUCUGAAUAUUUUUCUGACCAUUUUGUCUCAUUGCUUUCUAAUGGAAUCAAUCAUGAUGCAGCGGCCUGUUGAGAAAACCCAGCGCCUACUCUGUCACCGUAGAAAACCAGAAAACUCUGUCACCGUAGAAAACCAUAAAACUCUGUCACCGUAGAAAACCAGAAAACUGUCAAGUCACCGUAGAAAACCAGAAAACUGUCAAGUCACCGUAGAAAACCAGAAAACUCUCAAGUCAUCGUCCAAACCAGAAAACUCUGUCAUCGUCCAAACCAGAAAACUCUCAAGUCACCAUAGAAAACCAGAAAACUCUCAAGUCAUCGUCCAAACCUGAAAACUCUCAAGUCACCAUAGAAAACCAGAAAACUCUCAAGUCACCAUAGAAAACCAGAAAACUCUCAAGUCAUCGUCCAAACCAGAAAACUCUCAAGUCAUCGU